GUACAAGCAGCCUGGGAGCAAGUGAUACUCUAUUAGUGCUUCUGUGACACUGUCUCCUCCUCCUACUCUUGAUGGCAUAUAAACCAAGCUCACACAUAGUUUGAACACAAUCCUGGAAAAGGAGAAUCAACUGCAUGUAGACACUGAGGCUCAGGGUCUUUAUUCUUACAACAUCCAGACCUCUAAUAAUAAGGGAAAAAGGAACAUAUUUACUUGUACAGGUAGUAGUUUUUAAGUUUCAGAACAAAUAUGCUGAACGCCGGGCUUCUAUUACUAUUAAGUUAUUGCUUUAGUGUUGGGGAAACAUUUACGACCAAUUCAGACGCAACAGGAAAGAAGCAGUACCAGAUCCAGAAUGGGCCAUGCAGCUACACCUUUCUGCUGCCAGAACCACAGAACUGCGGAGGCUCUUCGAGCACCUACACCAGCCAAGUGCAACGAGAUGACCUGGUUGACUAUGACAGCUCAAUGCAAAGAUUGGAACAACUAGAAACCAUUAUGGAGAACAACACGCAAUGGCUGCAAAAGCUGGAGAACUACAUCCAGGAGAACAUCAAACAAGACAUGGCCCAAAUUCAAAAUAAUGCGGUGCAAAACCACACAGUGACCAUGAUCAAGAUUGGGACCAGUCUCCUAAGUCAGACAGCAGAGCAAUCUCGAAAAAUCACUACUGUUGAGGCACAGGUUAUUAACCAAACAACUCGACUUGAACGUCAGCUUCUUGAGAACUCCAUUUCAACCAGCAAACUGGAAAAAGAAAUUCUACAGCAGAUAAAUGAAAUCAACAAACUGAAUGAAAAAAACAGUGUUCUGGAGAAACGAGUGGAGACCAUAGAAGGAAAGAGAAAUACAGAGCUAGAAAACCUCAAAGAGGAGAAGGAACAGCUCAAAAAACUGGUGGAAAAGCAGACUAACAUCAUGAAAGAGAUGGAGCAACAACUGCUCCGCACCUCAUCCGAUAACUCUGCAAUGAAGCAACAGCAGCAAGAACUGACAAAUACUGUCAACAACCUAAUCCACACAAUCUCUGUGGGUAGCAAUUCAAUGAUGCAGGACAACCCAGAUCAGUACAAUGACUGUGCUGCAGUAUUCAAUUUAGGGAACAAGGAAAGCGGGGUCUACUCAUUGACCAUAUCCGAUACAAAACAGCAGUUCAAGGCCUACUGUGACAUGGAGACAGAUGGAGGUGGAUGGACAGUAAUACAGAAGCGCUUCAAUGGCCUUGUUGAUUUUCAUCAAACAUGGAAAAAUUACACAAUGGGGUUUGGAGACAUCUCAGGUGAACACUGGCUGGGGAAUGAAAUCAUCUACAAGUUGACACAAGAAAAACAAUAUGUGCUCAGGAUAGAUCUGACAGACUGGGAGGGGAAUACAGCCUUUUCAAAAUAUGAGCAGUUCUUCCUUGAUGGAGAGAAGCAGAAUUACAGGAUACACCUCAACAGCUACAGUGGAACAGCAGGCAGAACCAGUAGCAUGGGGCAGCCAGGAAGUGAUUUCAGCACAAAAGACGUAGACAAUGACAAAUGUGUUUGCAAAUGUUCACAAAUGCUUUCAGGAGGUUGGUGGUUUGAUGCCUGUGGACCAUCUAAUCUCAAUGGUGUAUACUACCAGAAGGGGCAGAACACCAAUCGGUUCAAUGGUAUCAAAUGGUACUACUGGAAAGGCUCAGCGUAUUCUCUAAAGGCCACCACAAUGAUGAUAAGACCAUCAAACUUCUGACCCUCUAGUUUUAAGGCACCGUAAUUAUUAAUGUCAAUGCUUAUCUAUCCUGUAAGGAAAAAUUUGGUGGAUUUAUUUUCAAGCACCUCUGAUACAGGACUCUUAUUUAGAAGAUUUUAAUGUUAGUAGUGAAGAUUUAGUGUAAAAUAGCUAACUAACUGAACACAAAAACAUGACCUGCAACAUACACAACAUAUAAAUACAACAUAAAAAUGAAGCUUUAUCAAUGGACAAGUUUUGUUGAAAUGGAUGUAUAAAUAUUUGCUGUUAAUUGAAGAUAAUAAUUGAAGCUUAACUGCUGUAAACUGAAAUACAUUGAUGCUUCACAGGAUUUCUUAAUUUUUCAUACAGAUAAGCAAAUCAGCUAUUAUUUACUUUGUGCUUAUUUUAUUUGUAAUUAAUAUAUUGUAAAUACCAAAUUAUUUACAGAAAUUUAUAUAUUGUCAAUGUAACCAUGGUACAAGAGUGAUUUAUGAAUGCUGAGGACGUAUUUACACUUGUCUUACAAAUUGUUACUCUAUAAACCUGUUGUUUACACAUGGUUUAGUGCUUUGGACCUUUUUGUAGAUUUCUUAACUGUGGGCAUUUGUUGACAGAUGACCAGACUUCAUAGCAAAUCUUAAUCCUCCUGUCAUUCCAAAUUCAUAAGACAUUUUUAUUCAUCUUUGAAAGAUAAGAGAUAUUUUUAUAGUAAAUAUACAAAGUAUGAGACAUUUUUCACCAUGAAGAAUAUGAAUAGGUGUUCAUUACAGCUACCGAUUGGGUGAAGUUUGGGAGGGUUUUUCCACAAAACGAUAAGUGACAAAUGUGAUAAAUGAUAAUGACCAACACCAACAGACACAAACAGAUUAACAUACUGAUCAGACAAAAUGUUUGUUGCCGCCUGUUGGCAUUGUGUGAAUUGGCCUUUAGAAUCUAUCAUGGCAGUACUCCGUCUGCCAAGAUUUUAUUAGUUAUGUUUACAGACAUUUUCCUUAACCCUAAAACAACUCAAAUACAAUGCGUAAUUUAAAAUAAGAGUAAAACCCCUAUGAAAAAUAACAGAAAAUUCCCUCAUAUUAACAAAAUACAUUGUGCCUUAUCUUUACAGACUUUUCUUAUAAUGUAGGAUUCUUUACUCAAUUUUAAAUAACCCCUAAUGGCAAAAAAGCGCAACAUAAGGAGAAAGAGCACUUCUGGCACAAAAGGGUUCUUUGGGAUAAAACAGUGCUUUAUGUAAUUGUUUACAUUCUUUAACAUUAUUAUUUAUUAUUACAUUAUGCCUGUGUUUUUAUUCUGAUUUCACUUUUGACAGACAUUUCAUUCUGGAAAAAAAAAUAAACUUUGUAAGAUGUCAUAAACCCCUUACUGUAGACUGACAUGUUUUAAUGCUUCAAGACUGAUAAGGCUGUGACAGUGACAGAUUUUUUCCUUUUUUUACUUUAUUUGCGUGCACUCACAAUAUCAGCAAAAUGUUGUGCUUUUGUAAAAAUA